AUGGCAAAGGAUGAUUCUGCUUCUGGUGUCCGUGUUAUGAGCAGGAGCAUGGUGAAGGCCUCUGUGAGGAGGCCCCGCGUGGUUCUACCCGUCUCCAACCUGGACCUGCUGUUUCAGGACACGCCGGCCUCGAUGCUCUGCCUCUACCGUAAGCCCUCUAGCAGCAGCGGCGACUUUGAGGAUGUGGUGGCAGGCUUCAAGGCCAAGCUGCCAUCCCUGCUCGACCACUUCUACCCACUGGCGGGCCGCAUCGUGGCAGACCCGCGGUCGGGGCUCCCGGAGAUACACUGUGAUAACCAGGGCCUGGAGGUGAUCGUGGGUGAGGUCGGCGAGGCACUGGGGAGCCUGCACUACGGCGACCUGGCUGCAUCGCUGGCGAGGAUCGGCAUCCCUGUCCAGUACAGCGCGGACGCCAUUUUGACAUUGCAGCUGGUGUCGUUCGCUUGCGGUGGGUUCGCCGUGGCCUGGGCAGGCAGCCACAUGGCCCUCGACGGGAGCGCCAUCUGCACGAUCGCCAAUGCGUGGUCCGAUCUCGCCGCCGGGUGCUCUGGGACGAUCUCCGCCGCGCCACCCAACUACGAUCGCUCGGUGUUCCGUCCCCGGGCCCCGCCGGCGUACAACUCUUCCAUCGGGGAGUUGUACGCGCUGUUGGACAGCAAGCAUCUUGUGAACGCCCUCACGGCUGGGGCAUCCUUUGUGGGGCGCACAUACUACGUGGAGGAGCGGGACCUGGUGAUGCUCCGCGCGCAGGCGGGCGGCCCACGCACAAGCCGCGUGGAGGCGGUGUCGGCGUACCUGUGGAAGGUGUUCGCCUCUGUGGUGGGCUCGUCGGACGAGACAUGCCGCAUGGCCUGGUGGGUGAACGGGAGGAGGCACCUCACCACCACGGCGCCGGCGGAAGCAAUGCGCAACUAUAUUGGCAACGUCACCUCGUACGCGGUGGCGGAGGCAAGCGUGGAAGGGGUCAAGCGGCGGCCACUCCAGGGAAUCGCGUCCAUGAUGCGUGAGUCCAUCAAGUCUACGGCUACCGACGAGCACUUCCAGCAGGUGGUGGACUGGGUGGAGGAUCACAAGGGCAAGGACAAGCAGGGUACAGCGGCCAAGUACGUCGAGGCUGCGGCCAUCGGGCUGGGCAGCCCGCUUCUGGGCGUCACCUCCUUCGCGUCCUUCCCUUUCAACACUGAUUUUGGUUUCGGCCAAGCCGCCUAUGCCAUGCCAGCGUGGGUGGACAGCGGCAGGUUAUGCUUCGGUUUCGUCAUCAUCACCACCUCCCCUGGCGGCUCCAGCUUGUUCUUUAGCAUGUCCAUUUGGCCGAGCCUCGCCGCCGCCCUAGACUCCGACGAGCAGCGCAUCUUCAAGCCUCUCACCGCCGAGUAUCUCGGCCUCGCAAAAAACAGCCGGCUCUGA